CCGAAAGAGGCGGUCAAACCAAGAUGGCGUUCCGCGAUGAAACAGGAAACAUACUCGGUUUUCAGUAAAUCUCCUCAUCUGAGAGCGUCAACAGGAGCUUGUAUCUCCGUGGACACGUUAAAGACCUAUUCGGAGACUGAAGACAGAGCAGAUACUGUUUCUCUAAAUGGCUUCGAGGAAGUCUGGAUCAGAUAUCCACAACAACGGACCUGUCAGUUACCUUGAGGAUGUUCCCUUCAAACUCAAUGAGAAAUUCCGCUGUCCCUCGAAAGUGGGUCAUCCCAUUGGCUUCUGCAUGCCCGACUGUAAUUCCAUGCUCUCUGAACUUCAAUAUGACUUCAGCCUAGAGAGGCGUAGUGUGCAAUGGGGCGAGGAUCUUGACAAUGCACGAGCCUCUGAGGCUCGAGCAGCGGAGGCGGCACGGGCGGAGUGUGAAAAUGAGAGGCAGGCUUCUGCGCAUGAUGCAGAUGUCGGAUUGGUUGGUGGAAAGAAAGCACGGCCCUCUGAUGAACAGGAACUUGCCCCACCAGCAUUAAACCCAGUUUUGGCUGGUUUUUGGCACAAUGAGAUCCUUACACCACUUCCAGCACCUACUUUUGGACCAAUGCAACCAGCACCUAGCAACCCAGUCCCGCAGAGUCUAAACUUAGCUGAUUUUGAGCGAGAGGAGGAUCCCUUUGACAAACUUGAACUUAAAUCACUGGAUGACAAAAAGGAAUUGCGGAAUAUCCUUCAGAGCCAACCACAGUCCUCCGUUUCACCUCCUCAACUUCCUCAAACGGAACCUCACCCCCUCUCUCCAAGUAGUACGCCUCCCAUCCAGGCCAAAGCCGGAAUCUUCCAUAAACCCAAUGGACUGGUUGGACUCCUGGACUUACACCGGGGAGGGGUUGUGGGGAACCACAGGGGACAGAUCGAUGCGGAUCGACCUUGUAACAUUCGCUUACUGACUUUCCCCAAGCUAUCAGAUCCAGGAGACACGCCCUCAGAAGCAUCUCUCGGCAUUUACCCAGCAAACCCCCCACGCAACAUGUCCAAUGGCACACCACCAUCCUUGCAGAGAACAGCCCCACAUACAAACACAACAUUUCCCCAAGAGCAAACUGUUUUUGCUCAAAAUGGGACACAGAAACAGUCAAACUCUAUCACAGCACUCAACCAUCCACCAUCAACUUCACCUGCUACCCCGAUUGUUUUUGGCCUCUCUGCCAGCGAACGACAGUGUGUGGAGACCAUCGUGGGCAUGGGCUAUACUUAUGAGGGUGUUCUCAAAGCCAUGCAAAGACAGGGACAGAAUGUGGAACAGGUGCUGGAAUACCUUUUUACCCACAGUCGACUGUGCGAUAAAGGCUUUGAUGCCACAACUGUGGAGGAGUGUCUGGAGAUGUACCAGGGCUCGGAGGAAAAGGCUCUAGAGUUUUUGCAGCUGAUGUCCCGGUUUGGGGAAAUGGGUUUUGAGAGGGACACAAUUAAAGAGGUACUGCUGGUGCACAAUAAUGACCAGGAUAAAGCGCUGGAGGACCUGAUGGCCCGAACGACUGCGAGCUGAGCCUGAAAAGUGUCUCCUAGAGCCACCCCUUCCCUGUCCCUCAGAGAGCGAGAGAUGAAAAGAGCGAGAGGGAGGGCGUGAUACUCUUAUCUCUGAGACAGGACAACUGAAUUAUGUACCCUAAUAAAGAUAUACCUAUUGGGGUAGGGAUUGACAGCACCACACAAUGGUGCAUUGAUCCCUCCUUAGAUGUAUGUCUUGUUAAGUGAUCUUAGAGUGGUGAUGAGUGAGAGGAUCCCGAACCCUCCUCUGAGAAUCAGGAUUGGCUGGAUUCUCUAUUGCCAUGGUGACAGGCUGUACUGGGCGGAGCCCUUUGGAAACCCAGUUUUGCAGAAUAUGGACUAAGAGUGUCACUCAAAGCUAUUACACUGCCAUAUUCUGCUGGACCCAGACUUUCUGAACUGAAACCUGCACACGCACUCAGACACACCCCAUGGUUGAACCGAGAACCCACAAAAGUGCCCUCUCUCUGUUUCUGUCUUUACUGUUUGUUUGUUAAUAUAUGUUAUGUUUGGAAGACAAAAAACACUUAAUCUAUCUUUAUUUUGUCCUUUUAUAGAUUGUUUCUUUGCCCUAUGGUUAGAAACUGCAUUAACAGAACUAAUCACCAAAAAUGUUUCCCAGAUGACUUGUGCCCUGGAGUUAACACAUUUGGCGAGAUUUACUGGCAAUGCAAUAUUUAAACAAUACCAACACAUUUUCAAACAAUUGACAUGCAAAUACUGCACAGACACACUGAAUCACAGAUGACAAUUAAUAUAAACAUAUUUAAAGAUCUGUAAAGAUACACUGUCAAUUUCCAUCUGUAAUAAAGAAAUUGAG